AUGAACUCUACCGUUGACUACAACGUCGGAUAUAACAGAUUAAGUUCUGGUAGCAUUGCUGCAACAGUUUCAAGCGGUUAUACCGGCAUCAAUACCGAAGACACUGAUCCUGAAUUAACGUAUCUGCCUUCCAUGUAUUCGGGAAGUUAUGAGGGUUUAGAAGGCAAGAGCUAUGCGCAGCAUCUUCAAGGCCCUGGUUCGAUGUGGCCAUCAGUUAUGGGCAAAAGCGAGACUACCCACCAAUUUCAAUUACCCAGCUUUAUGAAUCCCCCUUCAUUUCCUCAAAAUGGGAGGUCUCAAAUGUCAUUACCUCAGAGUCAGUUUGGUUCUGGAAUGACAAUUAGUGGAGGGUUGCGGCAAGAUCAAAACACUACUGUCAGGAAGAUUGAUCGUACGAAAACAAGCUCGAUUUUAUCACCCACCCCGCUAGCUGGAUAUACAUUCCAAGAUGCCAAUAUUGCCCUGCUUUCUUCGAAGAAACAAUUUUCUAUGAAUGUAAACGCUCCUAGUUACAACCCCGUUGGCAACAACAACUCAAUCAGUGAAACAAAAGAAGAUGAGAAGGAAAAUUCUCAAGGAACAAACAUUGAUAGUCUUGUGGGCACAAAGCUCAAUGAAGAGACCCAAUUCUUCCACCUUUCGGGAAAAACUGACAACGAGACUAUAGAGAUUUUAAGAAUGGAACUUUUACGCAAGCACCAGAUCAAUACGGCUUUGAAUGAUAAGUUCAAAAUACUCAGAAUGGACGAAAAAAGUGAAGAAGAAAUAGAAACAGAAAACAGAAACGACAAUCUGGUCAAAAUGCCGAAAAACUACUACCAGUUGUUCAAAGAUCUCACUCGUACAUUAAAUGAACGAACCAAGGAGUUAGAGGAAACAAAGUCGAGGCUUGAAGCCAUUGUGGUUGGUUUGGUGAUGAACAAAAACACAACGGUUAUUACAAAUGGAACUUUUGAUGCUCAGGAACUAGCACACCGAAUCACCAAUAAACUAGAGGUGUUGCAAAAUGAGAACGAAAGCUUGUUGAAAAUGGUUAGCCACAGCAACAAGCAAAGUUUGCUUAUUGAGAUUGGGUUACUAAAGAAUGAAAAUAAUCUUUUGCGUCAAAAAGUGGAGAAAAUGGAAGGCAAAGAAUGA